AGGCCCCGCCCCCGAUCCCGCCCCCCGGCGCGCGCUCUGUUCGGCAGCCGGUGGGACGCGGCGGCGACGGUGGUGGCGCUGCUCUAGCUCCUUUGUGCUCGGGUGGCGGCGGCCUCUCGUGUCCUCACCGCACGUUCUCUCUGCCCGCCAGUUCGCGCUCUUCGGUGACGGACCAUGGCGGCGGGAGUGGGCCCGGGCGUGGAAGCCGGCUUCUCGAGCGAGGAGCUGUUGUCGCUCCGCUUCCCGCUGCACCGCGCCUGCCGCGACGGGGACCUGGCCGCGCUCUGCUCGCUGCUGCAGCAGACGCCGCGCGACCAUCUGGCCGCCGAGGACUCCUUCUACGGCUGGACACCGGUGCACUGGGCCGCGCACUUCGGCAAGUUGGAGUGCUUAAUACAGUUGGUCAGAGCUGGAGCCACGCUUGAUGUCUCCACUACGCGUUAUGCACAGACCCCAGCCCAUAUUGCUGCUUUCGGGGGACAUCCUCAGUGCCUCAUCUGGUUGAUUCAAGCAGGAGCCAGCAUUAAUACACCGGACUGUGAGGGCGAGACUCCCAUUCACAAGGCAGCUCGCUCUGGGAGCCUAGACUGCAUCAGUGCCCUGGUGGCUAACGGGGCUCACAUCCACCUGAGAAAUGCCAGUGGCCUGACAGCAGCAGACAUUGCUCAAACCCAGGGUUUCCAAGAAUGUACCCAGUUUCUCUUGAACCUCCAGAAUUGUCAUCUGAACCGUUUCUAUAAUAAUGGCACCUUAAAUGGGGGCCAUCAGAAUAUAUUUCCCAAUCAUGUUAGUGUGGGAACAAAUCGCAAGAGAUGCUUGGAAGAUUUGGAACCCUUUGGAGUGAAGAAAGCUAGAACCGAAGCUCAAAGCUUGGAUUACUCCAUGCCACUAGUGAACGGCGAGGUGGAAGAUGAUGCUGACAAAAUGCACGUCGAUAGAGAGUUUGCUGUUGUAACAGAUAUGAAAAACAGUAGCUCCGUAUCGAAUACAUUGACAAAUGGAUGUGUCAUCAAUGGACAUUUGGACUUCCCUUCCACGACACAGCUCAAUGGGAUGGAAAGCAGGAAUGACCAGUGCUUAACAGGAUCUAAUGGAAUUAGCAAUGGAUUAGUUCCAGGACCAGCAUUUUCGAGUAGCCAGGGUUCUCUGUGUGUUAAUGGGUCUGAGGAGCCAGAAAAGCCCAUGAGUGUUAACCCUGAGAUGUGCGGUUCUCUGCACCUGAAUGGAAGUCCAAGUAGCUGCAUAGCUAACAGACCUUCCUGGGUGGACGAUAUUGGGGAAAAUUUGCACUAUGGACAUUACCACGGGUUUGGGGACACUGCCGAAAGCAUCCCUGAGCUUAAUAGUGUAAUAGAGCAUUCCAAUUCUGUGAAGGUGGAAGAAAGAUAUGACAGUGCCAUCUUGGGCACCAUGCACCUUUACCAUGGCUCCUAAAAGACGAGUGGUCAGGCUCUGUCUGUCUGGACGCAUUAAUCCUUCCUAGUAACCAACUCAGAAUGCUAAUGUAGCAUCAACUUAGAGGAAUGCCACAACUUGUCCUAUUUUUUUAUACUUUAGCUUUCUGAAAAAGUGAACUUGUAUUUGACAAGUUCCUCGUGAGUCCUAGUGAAUGCACUGUAGGGCUUAUUUAGUGCAUAAGCGUUUCUUCCACAGGAUAGUGGGCCUCUUACACGAUGCACUUUGGAAUUUAAUUUUUCUGCUGCCAGUCUCAAUGUUUUGAAUCCUGUUACCAUAAGUUGCCAUUUUUCCUUUUGUCAAAUUAUAUCUGAUGAAGAUAAAUUGGAGGCAGGAAAUGAGGUGCCUGGUAAUUUAACUCUUUGCACAUGGGCAUCAUUUUGAAAAGCUUGCUUUUACUCAUUCCUGUUGAGUUUUUCACAGAGACAGCUAUUUCCCUAUGCAAGGUCCAGCCUUACAAAGAUUACUUGCAGUGAUUUGUAUGAAGAGAAGAACAUUUGUCUUUUUCAAAGUCUUUUCCUUGAAACUUUGCAACUUGCCAUAUGGUGAAGGUUUUACCUGUAGACACACACAGUGGUUUGGGGGCAUAAGUGGUCUCCCUUCUUUAAUGAUAUAACUCACCCCCUGAAUUUCAUUGAAAACACAUGCAGCCUGGGACUGACUGCUGAUUGUUUUUAUUACACAUUUGUUACUUUGUCUCUAGAAUUUUUACCACAGAUAACGGUUUCCUUUAUAUGUAGUGGAAGUUACUAUUUGUAGGAACUGUCAGGUCAAAAUAUUUAACUGACUAUUCUGACUUAUAUUUUCUUUUUUUCCUUGUUUUUGUUUUUUGGGGGUUUUCUGCUUUAAAAUAUAUACCACUAUGUAUAUCCAGUUAACUGAGAGGAUUUUGACUCUCUCUUAAUAAAACUGCAUUAAGUUUAUGGUUUUAUAGAAAUUAGCUUUUGUUUAGGUGACUGACUAGUGGUUACACUGUGCAAAUAUUGUAAUAAAUUUUUACUUUUCUGAUUUUUGUAAUAAAAAUUGGUGACUAUAGAGAAAAUGUCAAAUGAACAAACCAAUGUUAUAAGAGUGUUACUAACAUUUUGUUUUUAAACUGUCCUUUACAAAUUGAAUAAAAACACUCACACAUGA